GUAGUUCUAGUUGUAGGGCGCUACCGGAAUUUGAGUGGCGGUGCGAGUUACUAUUAUUUCACAGAAAAUAUUGUAGUACCUUGUAGAUAGAUGCAAUUAAAGAUCAGCAAAUUUUUCAAAUGCGAUUCCCAUUCAAUUAUUUCUUCUCCCGCGGCACACCACAACGAUGAUGAUCUGUCCAACUGGGACUGGGAGAACAAACAAUAUUAUAUUUUCAACACUUACCGCCGUACUCGUCAGAACCCUAACCCUAACCCUAACCCAGUUGCUUCACUUUCCACCAUAAUUGGAAAACCGGUUGUCAAGAACAAGAAGAGGAGUUAUGUUCAGUUUCAUUUGGAUUUCGGCCAAUCUGAUUUUCUCUUACGCGUGUGUUCCACUUGCGGUUUUCAGUUCACUCCCGGCAAUGAAGAAGAUGAGAAAUCCCACACGCGGUUUCAUAAACGUUUCACGCAAGGAAUCCAAUUCAGAGGUUGGUCGAAUGAAAGAAUUAUUUCAUCUCACAAGGGUGAUGGAAUUAUUUUGGUGUUGGAUACCGACCCAAUUUCUCACAGAAACAAGGUUGAAGAAGUUGUGAAGAUGGUGGAAAUUGAGUUGGGAAGUGGAUGGAUAGCUAAUCAAUACUGUAAGGUCUAUUUGUUUGUUUCUCUUCAAAGGAUUGUUGGGUGCAUGGUUGCAGAACCAAUCAAAGAAGCAUUCAGAGUCGUGUCUUGCUCAGAUGUCAGGUAUUCUGAUAGCGCAAGGAAAAGGGAAACGAAGCCGCGUCCGACCACUCUCCAGUUUGGGAAUAUUGUUUUUCAAAGUGAAGUUGAAAAAAGAGCUGUGAAUGUGAGUGAUUCUGAGGUGAUGGAUGGUAGGGCAAUUUUCUGUGAAACCAAACCUGUCGUUGCUGUUUGUGGCAUUAGAGCCAUUUGGGUCACUCCCUCCAACAGAAGAAAACACAUUGCUAGCCAAUUGUUGGAUGCUGUGAGGAAAAGUUUCUGCACGGGAUUGGAGCUUGAACGUGGUCAGCUAGCAUUCUCUCUGCCAACCUCAGCUGGGAAGGCAUUAGCAUAUAGUUACGCUGGUACUGGAUCAUUCUCGGUGUAUAAAGCAGUUCAAUCGAGGAGUAGAAACAGAAGUGAAAUUCGGGAGGCUUAUGUCAUUGAAGCUGGAAAUCAAGUCUAAAAGUGAAGAUAGCAUGUUCGUUUCUUUCUGUUGGUAAAUGCUUAGGCAAAACAUUGAAUUCUGGUGGUGUAGUGGCGGUUGAGUCAGAUUUCAUAUACACUUGAAAUUGUGUUUGUAUGGCUGUGUCUCUUCAGUUAUGACAUUUAAGUAUUAUUGGUCGUUUAUAGUGUGUGCCAAGAUCAAUGAAAAUGCUUGUUAUUUGAUUAUUC